AUGAUUCUCCACGCUAAAAUGAAGUGUAUUCGCGGCUUGCCGUUUCAAAGAAGAACGAUUGUUCUUGUCAAUCCAUCAGCAAAGUUAAGUUCACACCAAAUUUCGAAAAAAAAUAUACCUUUUACAAAUGAAUUUAGUUUAUAUAAACUUGCUUUUAAUGUUCGGAAUGGUGUUCAAACAACCAUUGAGGUCUCUGCUUCCAAUAAAUAA